GUGGGGCUGGUAUAACAGGAGGAUAAUGGUUCCAGGAACAUCUUGCUGUUAAGUUUAAAUGACGGUGACCACAGCUUAUCGUGCAUAACCUGAGGAGCUGAGGCUUUAAAAGCGCUCAUUUCCCCGUCAUUUGUGAGUAGAAAACAAACCCAUCAGUGUGUGGUGUUUAAUGUCACCUCACCGUUAAUGUCGGUGUUUGCUGUCGCUCCGUCUGGGGACAGAGAGCGUGGAUCCGAGCGCAUCUGGCGUAACAGUUGAUAUAAUAUUACCACAACUGGACUCCAAGCUGGCUGACAUCAUUGCGUCUGGUGAUAUAGAUAGAUCCGUAGUACCUCCUCCUUCCUCCUCUCAUCCAUUCGGAGCAGCCAGUGUGUGUAGUCUGUGGCACUUAAUCACAGAGCGCAGGGAGGCAGGAGGCGGGCCGUCGGCCGUGAACGAAAUAGUAACAGUGAAGUGAAGAGGCAGCAGUGUGUGGGACAGCGCAGCCGGAGGAGCAGGAGCCACAUCCGUCCAGAGGAGUACUCCUGCAGCUAACCUCCACUCCAAACCCCACUUGAAGCCUCUGUAUCCAGUCACCCAUUCCUGGUGCCGCUCGUGUUCCUCCAUCCAUUUCUGCCAGUUUUUUAAGGUCCGUUAUCCACGUUGCGUGCGUCAGACUCGUCCGCAGCCAGGGAUCCGUUUGGAGAUGUCCAAAAAACGACCAGCCGAGCCGGAGUGCCGGGCGAAGCAGCAAGAUGCUCUGGGCAACAUGAGUCUCCGCACCUUUUGUUUCACGCUGGAACCCGUAGAAUGAAGACGGCUUAACAAAGUCCAAGAGCAAGAGCGCAAAAAUGUCCGUGCCUUUGCUGAAGAUCGGCGUCGUGCUCAGCACCAUGGCGAUGAUCACCAACUGGAUGUCGCAGACCCUCCCCUCUCUGGUGGGGCUUAAUACCACCAAGCUGUCGGCAGCACAGGGAGGGUAUCCUGACCGGAGCACGGGAGUGUUGCCAGCAAACCCAGAGGAAUCGUGGCAGGUGUACAGUUCAGCCCAGGAUAGUGAGGGGAGGUGUGUCUGCACCGUGGUGGCGCCCCAGCAGUCCAUGUGUUCACGAGAUGCCCGCACGAAACAACUGAGGCAGCUGUUAGAGAAGGUCCAGAACAUGACCCAGUCCAUCCAAGUACUGGACCAGCGGACUCAGAGGGACCUCCAGUAUGUGGAAAAAAUGGAGGUCCAGCUCCGAGGUUUGGAAACCAAGUUCAGGCAGGUGGAGGAGAACCACAAGCAGAACAUCGCUAAGCAAUACAAGGCCAUUAAAGCGAAAAUGGAGGAGCUUAGACCGUUGAUACCAGUGUUGGAGGAGUACAAAGCCGAUGCCAAAUUGGUAUUGCAGUUUAAGGAGGAGGUCCAGAAUCUGACGUCAGUUCUAAGCGAACUUCAGGAGGAGAUGGGAGCCUAUGACUACGAGGAGCUCCACAACAGAGUGUCAAAUCUUGAGGAGAGACUGCGAGCAUGCAUGCAAAAAUUAGCAUGCGGGAAACUGACAGGCAUCAGUGAUCCCAUCACCAUCAAGACCUCUGGAUCCAGGUUUGGAUCCUGGAUGACUGACCCUCUGGCACCUGAAGGAGACACACGGGUCUGGUACAUGGAUGGAUACCACAACAACCGCUUUGUGCGGGAGUACAAGUCGAUGCACGACUUCAUGAACUCGGACAACUUCACGUCUCACCGGCUGCCCCACCCGUGGUCAGGAACAGGUCAGGUGGUCUACAACGGCUCCAUCUACUUUAAUAAAUUCCAGAGCCACGUCAUCAUCAAGUUUGACUUCCGCACCUCCUCCAUCAGCAAGUCCCGGCAGCUCGAUGACGCCGGCUUCAACAAUGCCUACCACUACGCCUGGGGUGGUCAUUCUGACAUUGACCUCAUGGUGGACGAGGGGGGGCUGUGGGCCGUCUACGCCACCAACAAAAAUGCUGGCAACAUUGUGAUCAGCAAGCUGAACCCCAACACCCUUCAGAUCGUCAAAAGCUGGACAACCGGCCACCCAAAGAGGAGUGCCGGCGAGUCUUUUAUGAUCUGUGGCACACUUUACGUUACCAAUGGCUACUCUGGAGGUACUAAGGUGUACUACGCCUACUCCACCAACUCCUCUACCUACGAGUACAUAGACAUUGCCUUCCAAAAUAAGUACUCGCAUAUCUCCAUGUUGGACUACAACCCUCGUGACCGCGCCCUCUAUGCUUGGAACAAUGGCCACCAGGUCCUUUAUAACGUGACAUUGUUCCACGUUAUUCGCUCCGAAGGACUGUAACUGUGGGAAAACAUACCUUCACUCAUAAUGUCUGUGUAGAAAUCUACCUGUGUACAAAAUAUAUCGGCGAAAGAAAAAGACUCACCGACUCGGCGGCCAAACUAUUCUAUUUAUAAUCAGAUAUCCUUUACUAAGGACAGAAUCAACAGAGAAUGCAAAGUGAAAUAAAUGUGCAUAUACUGUAGACACUGGGGAAAAGAAAACAUUUAAACUGAAGAGUUUCAUUCUAAAAUUUAUAAAUAUUUAAAAAAGAAAAAGAAAAUAUAUCAAGUACUAUCAAAGUCACAGAUUAUCAAAACAGCUGUAAAUAAAAGACUUGAAAAGUUAGUCAUAGUUGACUUUAUUUUGAUAGCUGUCAUCAUUCUGUUAGAGGUAUUUUAUUUUGGAAUGAAACUCUGUUUCCACAUAGAAAAUGAUUGUAGUCAAUAUAUCAGAUGUAACAGAAUAAGAACAGAUGCCAAAAAAAAAAAAGUAAAUGAACAUCACGCCUUUUUAUAUAACCUUAUAUCCAAAUAAGCUCAUUCCCUCGGCUCCGGCUCUUCCGCAGAAUUCCUCCCAGCUGAAGUUUUUCUUCUGGUCAUUGGGGUGUCCUGCGACAAGGACUAUAUCAAACUUAAGGAUCCCCAUGUACCACGGACAACA